UUCGCCGCUCAAUGAACUUGUUGCACUGUUUUUUGUCUUCAACUACUUUUCCUUCAACAGCCUUUCUGUUUGGCGUUUAUUUUUUAAGUUUUGUAAAGCUUUCGCCGUGUAAAGGAUACAAAAAUCAAGAAAGAACAUCGGGAAAACUCCUGGAAAGAGCAACAUCUGAAGCAUUCCUUUGUCAUGCGGAUGAAGUUGAAAGGGGGGAUGAAUGGACGUUUGUUUGCGCUGAAAGAGUAGAGGUUAAUGACUAAUGGAGCCGUGAGAGCGAAGUCCACACUAGUCGUCACAAGCCCGAAACUUCAAAUCUCUGUCCCUGUGUUUGUCUAAGAAGAAUGAGCACUUCCUCCUCUGACCGCAAAACCCCGGUGGAUUAUGGUGUUCAGAUCCGCUUCAUCAAUGACCUCCACGACGGCGGCGGGGGGCUGCCCCGGCUGUCCCCCGCCGCCGUCGGGCAGCCCCCUCGGCCUAAGUCACAGUCACCCUCCAAGUACGGCGUGGCUGUGCGAGUCCAGGGCAUCGCCGGGCAGCCAUACGUGGUGCUCAAAGACGGACAGAAAGGAGACUCGUACGGUGUGCAGCUCAGGACAAACUACCCCCCAGGUUAUGGCAGUCUUCCGCGCAGAAAGGACAAGUCUGACCCGAGAACGCGCGGAGAGGACGUAGACGGCCAAGGGGGUGCGCUGCGGAGGGCACAGUCCCACGGAUCACUUUUGGAUCGGGAUGGAGACGCAGAGGAUUUUCACCAGUCUAGACUCCCAGCUGAGGGCAAGUCUGGGAGCUAUGGGAACCUGGAUGGAGGAAAUGCAGUGAGGGUUAACAGUAGAAACGGCGUGGAGAUGAAUACAUGGGCCUUUAAUGAUCAGAACAAGCAAACAAACACUAACAGACAAACACACCGCUUUGAUGGAGGCCAGAGCAGAGCCCCUUCUUCUGUCCCCCCUCCUUACCCCUACACGUCUCCCCCCUCCUCCACGCACAGCAGCCUGGGACGCAGCCAACAACCUGUCAGCAAAAGUCCUGCUAAUCAGUGGACAGGGAGACAAGCUAACCUGACAGAAACACAAUUGUCUGAUCUGUUUGUUAAGGUGACGCCUGACCUUUUGCUGGACCAGGGGCAGAGUGCAGAGGCCAGCAGUGAGGAGCAGCAGAUGAUGCAGACCAUUUACAACAUCCUAAGAGAAGGAACAAAUGACAGUGAUAUCGUCAUCAAGCACAAAGUCAAGGUCAUCGCUCAGACCUUUAAGCUCAAAGAAAAAGUGUGUGAAGAUCUGACCAGAGAGAGAUCGGAGCUCCAGAGGAAAGUGUCAGAGCUCCAUUUGGCCUUGCAACAGGAGAGAAGGGACUCCAUUAACAACUCCAGUGCCACUCUGAAAGCUGAGCUGGAGUCGUGUCUGGAUGAAAAUCUGCAACUCCGAGAGCUGCACGACCGCAUGAAGAAAGAGUUAAACGAAACCCAAUCCGAACUGACGCAGCUGCGGAUGGACCGGGAAAAUGCAGAGGCCCGGGCCAGAAAUAUGGAGGACCAACUGGCCGAGCUUCAAGAUGAGAUCCGAAAAGAAAACAACAACAAAACUGACCUGAUGUCUUGCCAAAACGAGAUGACGGAGAUCUGUCAGGCCAAGCAGAAAUUGGAGGACACCUUAAGGCAGAGAGAGAGGGAGCUCACAGCUUUAAAAGGGGCUCUGAAGGAGGAGGUGGCAUCUCACGACAAAGAGCUGGAGCGGCUGAGGGAGCAGUACAGUACAGACAUGGAAAAGCUCCGCAGCAGCAUGGAGCAGGUGUCUCAGUCUCAUGCAGGCAUUGAGGCUGAGCGGCUGAGAGUCAAUGCUUCAGUGCGCACUCUUCAGCAGCAAUUAGAAGACUGCAGAGACGAGAGCAGCCACUGGAUGGAGCAGUUUCACAACACAAGGGAUGAACUGCGAACCACUAAGCAAGAACUUCUACAGUCUCGUUUGGAAAAAGAAGAGUUUGAGGAGGAACUGAAGGAGCUGAAGGAGAGAGUAACCACCAUAAAACAACAGACGCCACCAGACUCCAGCCAAACACAGACUCUCAGUCAGGAGCUCCAGAAAUGCACUGCAGACCUUCAGAAAUCCCAACUUGAGUUGGAAAAGCAGCGGACUCAGUUUGAUAAGAAAGUGAUGGAGAUGAUUGCUCUGAAGAAGUCUCAUCAGGACCAAGAGGCAGAGCUGAAAUAUGAGAUUGACCGGCUUAAAGAGCAGUUACAGAGAGCGAAAGGGGACAUCAGCAAGGCACAGGAGAAGAGCAAAAAGCUGCCGGACCCAGCCACCAUCUCAGAUUUGGAGCAAAAGCUUAGUGAAGCGAAAAGUGAAGCCAGUCAGCUGAAAGAGAAGCUGUCUGCGACGGAGAAGGAGCUGGAGGGCACUAGGACCCAGCUGAAGAGGUCUGAGCUUGAUUUUACAGUUGCUGAAGAUGCACAGAAAGCCCAAGAAGAGGUCAACAUACGUCUCAAAGAAAAAAUAUCACGUUUGGAGGCGCAGCUGCUGAACAAUGCGACAGAGAGCUCCGAGGCAGAGCUGGCUCUUCACUCAGAGGUCAGAGGACUGAGGUCUGAACUGGACGAAGCCAAAAGGAAAAGCUCCAGACUGAACCAGGAACACAGUGAACUCCUCUUCAGGCUUGAAAACACAGAGAAAGACAAAGAUGCACUGAAGCAGACCAUUGUUCAGCUGGAGGAGAAGAGACAGCAACUGGAAAAAGCCCUGGACAAACUCACUAAAGAGUUCGAGUCUCUAGUCGUGUCCUCUAAAGAAGAGUCACGGUUGCUCAAAGUUCAACUGGAGGAGCAGAAAGAGAAGGCACGCAAAGAUCUGCAGGAGAUACAGCGCCAUGGCACGGACGCCCAGACAGAACUGGACCGGAGCCAAGGCAACAUCAGGCGAAUGGAGGAAGAGAUGACACGACUGAAAAAGGAGCUGUUGUUGGCCAGUGAGGAAAGAGACAACCACCAGCUGGACAAAGAACUGCUGACGAACAGACUGCGCCAUCUAGAGGUAGAGAUGGAGAACGGCAAGAACAGCCAGAAUGAGAAAAUACGGGAGGUCCGACUCUUGGAGGACAAGUUGAAGCGUCAGGAGUUGGAGCUGGAGGAGGAGAGGAGCAGUGUGGAGAUGCUGACAGAGAGACUGACCCGGAGCAGAGACCAGUUGGAUCAGCUGCGCUCAGAGCUGAUGCAGGAGAGGUCCUCCAAACAAGACUUGGAGCUGGACAAGAACGCCAUGGAGAGACACCUGAAGGAGCUGAGGGGUCGGUUAGCAGACAUGGAGGGCCACAGUCGCUCCUCAGUCGGAUUGUCUCAGCUGGAAAACAAGAUCCUGGAGCUGGAAGAACGACUUCGGAGUGAGGAGAGAGAGAAAAACACGGUGCUGGCAACACAACGUCGUCUGGAGAGAAAACUGAAAGACCUCAAUAUGACGCUGGAUGAGGAGAGGCAUAACCACUCCGAACAGAGAGACCAGCUUGCUCUAAAGGUGAAGGCUCUGAAGAGGCAGGUGGACGAGGGGGAGACGGAGCUGGAGCGCAUCGAUAACCUGCGCCGAAAAGCCCAGAGAGACGCAGAGGAGCAGAUGGAACUGAAGGAGGCGCUACAGAGCAGAGUGGCAGCUUUGGAGACUGAACUCAAGCGUAAAACCCAGGCCUCCCUGCGCCCGGUUCUGGACUCGUCAGCUCUGAGCUCGGACGAUGACGACAGUUUGUACGACCACUCCAGUAUCACCUCCAUCUUGACCGAGAGCAACCUCCAAACCAGCUCCUGCUAGGACCCCCCAGGUGCAGGGCCAGUGUGGGAAACUCCAGCGCUGCUAUUAAAGAAUGAGGGGGAGGAAACAGAAGCUGGCUGUGCGUCGAUGUGGGUUAAUUGCACUUUGGUAUGCACUAUUCACAGGUACAAAUGUACAGGGAGAACGAUUUUCCAAAACACGAGCGUGAAUAGGAGGAAGUCAAAGCGCCACAGCUGUUUCCUCCUCUCCACAGCGUAGCACAUGCAAAUUAGGCUGUGGUACAUACUCAGAAAUGCAAUGUUGUCAUCUCUUUCCCAUUUAAUGAUGCUAUUUUCAGCUAGGGGCAUCUUGAGCUAAGGUAAUUAUUGUAAUUUUAAGUUAAUGCUCUUAAAGAUGCAUUAUGUAACUUAGAUAAAUUCUGUUCUGUUUCUAAAUAUUAAGAUGAAAAAAGGAUGACAUAAUACAUUAAAGCUGACAUUUCUUUUCUGAGUGAACUUUAUAAAGCCGCAUUUCUCACAUCUGAAACAAAAGCACUUUUUUAUAGAAAAGGAGAUGGCACAAAAUACAUGAAAUACCUCUCUCUCUAUUUUAUUUUUUCAGUCUUACGUUGAGUCUCUAUUAUUGUAAUUUAGAUUGAAUUACAUGGUACUGUCACCCCACAAGUUUCUGUAAAAAAGUGGAAAAAAUAUAUAUAUUACUACUUUGAUUUUGUAGAGAUAAUACAAAUGUAUGCUCUUGGAUUUAUCUCUUAAUUAAAAAAAAUGUAAAGUUAUAAUAAUAAAUACACUUAACAUAUCAUUAAAAUGUGUAUGAUUCAUAGGUUCUUAGCAAUAGCUGUAAUAUUUGAGAAUCUGAUUCGUUGUCACUUUUAAAAUUAGCCAAAUUGAUAAGUUAGAAGUUAAAACUGCACUAUUUCUAUGCAAUGUUUUUAUUUGUUAAUGAUAUUUUUUACAUAUAAUUUUGAUAUGUAACAUUGUAUGAUAUUUGUACAGUUUGAACAAUCACAAUAAUUCCACUACUGUGUAUUUCCUUUAUGGUAAAUACUGUAAAAUAAAUUAGAGAAAUGUUCUGUAAUGACUGAGAUUUGUAUGGCAUUCAUUUUAGCAAUAAUAAAACUAUU